AGUGGUCUCCUCACCCCAUCUGAUCAGCUCGCCGUGCAGUGCGUUGGUAGACCUUCAGCGUGCCAUUCAGAGGCGGGCUUCAUUAAAUGGCCAAGCUACUGUGCUGUUUUACAAGCUUCGUCUUGCAGAUGCUUGCCAACAAGAUCUUCCCGACCACCACGAAUUCGACGGUUGACGAGCUCAGCACUUUGAGACAGGCAACUGGCAAGUCGGGACAUUGUUCAACAUGUCCCAGGUCCACCAGUGGGAAUCAGGUAGUACACCGCAAUUGCCAGAAGUAUCGUGACUCUACUGACGUCCGGAAGGUUGAAGAAGCGUCACCCCCGCAUUCGACUGUCUGCUGGGUUGAUAUACAUGAAAUCAUUCACACUAGACAGAAGACAACGGGGGAGAGUACGGUCUGAAAGGACGGCUCGGGAGAUGAAUUAAACAUUGCUGACGAGGACGAUACCGAAGUCUGAAGAGGUCUAUCUCACUGCUGCGCAGACGGAAGGUCUCACACCCGACGAUGAUAUCGAUCUGAAUUCCCUGUUCCUUGCCGACCUGCUUUCUGAUGCCCUCAGGCCAACUCACCAGCUCAGCAGAUUCCCUCUAUAGUGCCCCCGACCAAGCAGGUAGCUCCGGACGCUUUUGCAGCUGUUAAUUGAAGCUGGUAAUCAAGUUCCAGAGUUUAU